AUGCUAUACCGGGGAGCAGUGGGAGUCGACGUUAUCGGCAAUCGUAUAUCGCACUUCUCCCUUGCAAGCCUGCAGUUGGGGUGGGGGCAGUCCAACGUGGGAGACGCUAUGCUCUCUCUUGUCACCAAAAACGACAUCAUUCACGGCUUCGGGCAGCUGGGGGACAGCGCGGGUAUUUACCUCGACACACACUGGGUGAACCCCGGGAAUAUCCUCCGGUGCAACUACGUGCAGCGCGGCGGGCACUGCCUGUAUCUCGACUGGGUGUCGUCUGGAACGAUCGUGGAUGGGCUCGUGUGUGAGCAGACGGCAGACGGGAUGAAGCUCAACACAGGCAAGAAUAACGAGGUGCGGGGGAUGGUGAUUAUAGACAGCAAGGAGCCAUUAGCAGGGUACAUCUCGUGCCAAAAUUACGGGGUGAACAACUGCGACAAGCCCAACGGAAUCAAGUGGAACAACGAUCUCCUGACUUAUUACCAGACGCCAGGGAUCAGGAAGCUCUUCCCAUUCCUCACCAACUUCUGCAACAAGACCGCCAUCAAUAAGAUCAACUGCAAUGAAGGCACUUCAUCCACUCCCGGGCCUUCUGCCACGGGCAGAUGUUCCGGGCUGCCCACCGAAAACAUUGCUGAGAUUGUCACAGCAACCACUGAUAACUCCACCCGCCUUGUUACCAUCCAUUCCAACUGCGCUCCUUUCACCGCCGUGCCGAAGCUAAACAAGCUGACCUACCUGCCCGUGAAACUUAGCGCUGCGGGGUUCAAGAGCGUGAAGAACCGUGACUACAGCCUGGUUUCCGCUUCACCGAUCCUGAAAAAGUUUUCGACUUUCCGGAGCUGCCCAGUGAAGGAGAUUGGGCCGCAGAAUGUGUCCUACACUACAUAUUUCAACCUAUUCAACUUUCCUAUGCCAGUCAUGAAGCCAAUUGCUGCCAAACCAGCAUCCAUUGCAAAGCCCGGGAGCAUAGCAAGUCUUGUAGUAUAUGGAGGCGGAGAAGUGUCUGGAGAUGUGACGCUACAGCCGAAUCCAUAUGCUACAACCAAGUGGAGUGCAGAGCUGGAGUGCGAGCUGCGGCCUGAUUUUAUGAUGACAAUGCGGAAAUGGUUGAGACCGUACGGCAUGCGAGACGGAGGAUCGUCGCCGCCGCGUCGAAGCGCCGCCAUGACGUCGCACGUCGCUUGGAUCCGCACACUCUACGCCCUUUCCGCUCUUCUCCUCUCCGCCGCUGUGCGACAAGUGACCGCGGGGCCGUGCACUGUGAGCAAUCCGGUUCCCCAGAUCAACAUCGCAGCGGAGGCCGAUUUCGCCAAGCGAACCAAAUACCCCGCCACGCAGCUAGUGCGCAUGUUUCUGACCAAGGACUUGAAGGUGAAGAAUCCGUUGGUGCUGGACGGCAAGUUCAACUGCACUGUGCUGCGCUCCAAGGGCACCAAGAAGUUCACGAUCUCCGCCACCGAUAAGAAUUACCCUCCUAUGCGAAUUGUCUUCGCUAGCAACAUCCUCGUUAACGGCAUCAACGUGAGAGGUUUCGCACCUCUGGCUUCCAAUCCCGACUGCCAGUAUCUCGAAACGCGCUACCUCGAUUUCAUCGGCAAGUGGAAAUGCCCCGCGAUUUGGCUAUAUCGCGUAUGGGCGGUCCAGGUCACGCAGGGGCGAACUUUCGGCCGGAUCGAAGUCUCUCGCGCGUCGCACACGCGCAUCGACUCCAUGACCGUUAACGUCCAUCCGUUAGAUUACCCGGGCGCGAUCGUCGUGAUGCUAUCCGGCGAUGGGCCGAACCUCAUCCGCAGCAACGUGCUUAUAACGAAUAAUAACAUGAUCGCGCAGGGACCCCCCGGGAAAGGCGCUGAGAUCGGGCUUAUGCUGUAUCGGAACGCGGUGGGCGUGAACGUGUUUAACAACCGCAUUUCGGAGUUUUCGCUUGCGAGCCUGCAGAUCGGGUUCGGGCAGUCGAACGUUGGCGACGCGAUGCUGAGCAACGUGAUGCGCAACAACAUGGUGCACACGUUCUCGACGCUCGGCGACUCGGCGGGGAUUUACAUGGACACGCACUGGGUGAACCCUGGGAAUAUCCUGAGGUGUAACUACGUGCGCAAGGGCGAGCACUGCCUGUACCUAGAUUGGGUGUCGACUGGAGUGAUCGUGGAUGGGCUCGUGUGCGAUCGGACGGCUGACGGGCUCAAGCUGAACACUGGGAAAUACAACCACAUUCAGGGCAUGGUGGUGAUUGAUGGAUCAGCGUUCUCAGCGGGGUACAUCUCGUGUCAGAACUACAACGUGAACAACUGUAACCAACCCAACGGGAAGAAGUGGAACGACGAGCUGGUUAAGAACUACCAGACCCCGGGGAUCAAGAAGUUCUUCCCCUAUCUCACUAAUUUCUGCGCCAAGAAAGCUCUUUACAACAUCAACUGCAACGCCGGGAGCCAGUACAGUGCUGCUGUCACUGGUGGCUGCUCAGGCCUUCCAACGGAGAAUUACGCGGAAAUCGUCACGGCGAUGACUGAUAACUCAACCAAGUGGGUGUUUUAUCAGGACAACUGCAAGCCGUUUCCGUCAGUCCCGAAGCUGAACACGCUGCGGUAUUUCUCGACUUCGCUUUCGCAAGCGGGGUUCAAAAACGUCAAAGCGAUGGAUUUCGCACUGACCCCGAAGUCGCCGAUCAAAAAGGCGUUUCCGCAGUUUCGAAGCUGCCCGACGAAGAAGGGCGGGCCGAAAAAGGUGGAUUUCCAGACGUACAUGAAUCUAUUCAACAUUGACAGGCCCGCGGACAAACCAAUUACAAGCAUCCUCACGUACACGUUCAAGCCGGGCAAGUCGAACACGAAUCCUGCUUCCGUCGCCAGCGUCGCGAGUGCUACUGAUGGGACCCUUGGGAACGCCGCGGUGAUGGCGACUGCGGUGGAUGACGAUGAAAGCAGCAGAUUGAUUGUUGUCCAGUCCACCGAGAACGCCGAAGAGCCGGUUGUGCGAAAUGCGGCGAUGGGUAGAAGCCAUUGGACACCGGAGCUCGCGAGGGAAAUGAGCCCGGGUUACAUGAGGGCGCUGGCGAACCAUCGACGAACCCGAGGGAGGGUGCCCCCACGCGUUGGAAUCAGGGUGUUGCCCAAAGCUGCUUAG